AUUAAAGACGCGGAAAUACAUCUUGUAGUGCUACUCAAGUCUAAGAUGUCUACGAAUCCUGGACCUAAUGAGUUGUUUUCAACAUUUUACGAAGAAGUUAAGGCUAUUGAGAAGCGGGAUUCUGUAUUAACUCCGAAGCAACAAAUAGAUCGACUUAACCGGCCUGGAUCAACUUAUUUUAAUUUGAAUCCAUAUGAUGUAUGCUUGGUGUAACAUUGUUCAAGCAACCUAGGUUUUACAAGUGGAUCCUGAUGCAGCAAUGGCUGAUAUAAAAAAGAAAUACAGACAGCUAUCUCUGCUUGUACAUCCGGAUAAAAACCCAGAUGAUAUUGAAAGAUCUCAGAAAGCCUUUGAAGCUGUAAACAAGGCUUACAAGACUUUGGAUGAUCCCGAGACUUCCCGCAAGUGUAAAGAAGUAGUGGAGGAAGCGAAAGAUCUUGUUGAACAAAUGAUGAUUGAAAAACGGAAACGUGUUAAAAAGACAAGCGGAUCUAUUACAAUUGAAGAGGAUGACCCUGAAAAGCGGCGUCAUGCCAUAUAUGUGCAAACAUGCAAACUGUUCGCUGAUCUUGAGAGAUUAAGGGUGGAAGAAGAGCAAAAACAGUGUUCAGAAAGAAAACGCAAAGCUGAAGAGGAGGAGGAAGGGAAAAAACUCAUGGCGUAUGACAAAGAAUGGAAAAAGAAUUAUGAAGAAAGUCGUGUUAAUCGUGUUGCAAGUUGGCGAGAUUUCAAGGCGAAAAAGUCCAAAACAUCAAAAGGCAUCGGUGGUUUAAAACCACCGAAAACAAAAAUGGAACAACGACCCGGUUGACAAAACAGGAUCUUCAACACGUAUAUUUCUAUCCGCUUUGUAGAAAAAAAUAACUAUUUGUAAAAAAAGUAUUCUCCUUGCAACUCGUAUUAUUGUCAUGUUAGUUAUGUACUAUCAUUUUGGUCACUUCUUGCCCUCUGUGUAUAUGUAUCAUUUCGAAUAAAAACAAAACACUUUCGUAAAUCCAAA